UCUUUGGGGCAGCGGUUUGUUUGAACGCUACGCUUCCGGUGCAAGCAUCACACUCCUUGCGACUACGCAUCAGUGCUCAGUUACUUAUUUUUCUGGUAGAGUUCGAUGCGUUUUAUAUUUUUGAGAACUUUAUGUUAACUUUGCCCGUGAUUCGUGAAUGUAUCCCAUGUCUGGAAAAUGUUUCUCUCAUUAGAUGCUUUAUUGUGCACGACACUUCUUUGCUGUAAUUUUCGGAUGCGAGUGUCUGACGCAAGAAGGAUUACGCAUUGCAUUCCAUAUCAUCAUCGACCAUUCCUGUCUUUUGCUUGAAUUGGGCGCUGUUUCCGACAAUCAACGACAAUCAGCUUUCAUCCAGUAAGAAGUUGAAUUGAUAUUUCUUGGCAACCGAUUUCAAAAUGUGCCUAAACUCGCCACCGGAGACCAGUGAGGCUCCUGCCAUCACUGUCAGCACAGAACGCCGUGGAACUGUUGGAGUGCUGGAUCGCAUGAAGCGCAUGUUAGCCAACGGAGAACUCAGUGAUAUACAAUUCACAGUUGGGCGCAAAUUUGGUCCCGUGAAAAUAUUCCCAGCGCACAAGAGUAUUUUAUGCAACAGCAGCGAUGUGUUCUGCAGCAUGAUCUGCAACAGCGUGCCUGAAUCGUGUCCGCUGAAUAUUCACUUCCCCGACAUUCCUUCCGACGCGUUCGCCAAUCUGCUCAAUUAUGUUUACACUGAUUCGGUGGAAGGCAUCAGUGCAGACAAUGUCUUCUCAACUCUGCACUGCGCUGACAAAUUUGAUUUGCCUUUAUUGGCGAAUACAUGCUGCGAAUAUUUCAUCAAACAUCUGAAUUCAGAGAGCUGCCUGACCACGCUGGAAAAUGCCAUCCGUUGGAGCCCUGAGCUCGACAGGAUCGUGGAGAAAUGCCUGGAUAUCGUCGACGCAUCGACCGCUGAUAUUCUGCGAUCGGAGCAGUUCAGUAGUAUUAGCCACGACUGCCUGCAGAUGAUUCUUCAGCGUUCGACCCUGUCCGCUGAUGAGAAUGCCGUGUACAUUGCAGCUGACAACUGGGCUGUGAGAACAUGCAUGGAACGCAACUUGGAACCGACCGCUGUCAACCAGCGCGAAGUGCUCGGUGCUGCGCUUUUUCUCAUCCGUUUUCCGGUAUUAACCGAUAUCCAGCUCGCAUUUGGGCCGAUCCAGAGUGGGCUCCUCUUGCCAACGGAACUGCGCGACAUCUUUCUGUACAAACACGGAUCGCAGCCGCCCGCACUCGCGUUCCCAACGGAACCGCGCAACCACCUCCAGCACCGCAUCGGCCUGUACGUGUACAAACACCGGGAAGCCGUCUUCGCUCAGACCAGCACCGGUGACUGGAUUCCGGGGGAAGUGCUGCAGACCGUGGGAAGCGAAGUUGUUACCCAGUUGUACCGACAGGGAGACACGCGGGUCAUCAAAAAGCACCGGCAGAUUGUGCGUGCUGCGGACAUUCUCCAGCGUUGCCAGCGGGUCCAGUGCUUGGGGAGUGCAGCUAAAUACUGUAUACGGCGCGGCGGUAAGCACAUGGUCGAGGUCGACGGCCGGGAGGUGGCGGUUGAGUUUGCCGAUCUGAUGAUCCCCGAGAAGGUGUUCUUGGAGUGGUAUGCAGCCAACUGGAGGUUCCUCGAGUACAUUAUCUAAUCCGAGAUACCAGGAUCGUCACCGCCACAAGUCAAUUUUUGUUUGUAAUAAUUAAACACACUUUUGUUGGCGUUUCUUCACGUACGCCUUACGAGUAUUAGAUGAGCGCGCCGACAGCCUGGGGCAGAUGAAACUGCUUCGAAAUUUACUCGUAUCUGUUGUAUUGUAAAUAUCGGUAUUACUGCUGUGUUGCCCAGAAAAUUGUUGCUUCGACGGUUUACGUAUUCGCUUUCUGUACAGUUAUGUUCAUUGUCCUGGCCAAUAAAUGGUUGCUCAUUUGACUACAGUAAAAAAACUUUGUGGAAACGCUAUCGUAAUAAGUUCAUAACCUUGGACUUGAUAAUCUGCAGCUUCAGUUAAGCGGAACCGGAAACAAUUCAUCAGGCAUGUAGACCAGACAACGCAAUCUACCGUCUGCGUUUUGGCCACGAAAUCAUUACGAAAGAAUACUCCCAUCACGGGACUGAACCCGCCAUCUCAGACAUUGCAAGGCAUGGUGACCGCCUGCAGGCGGCAGGAAAACUAGCCGAUUAUGAUCAAAGAAGCCGCAUUAACCUUUUUGCCGGACCAGUGGCGGCAUUCCGUGAUCUCACAAUGAUUCAUGGCCAUUGUACCGUAUCAACCAAGUUACCAACAACUAUCUGCCGGCUGCAACCACCUGCAACCGCCUGCCAGAAGUACUCGCUGAAUUUGCACCAUAGCGUUUUGGCUGCAUCGUUGACUUAUUUUUACUGGCAGAUAAAAGUUUGCUUGUUUUUCUGAAAAUCUCGUUCGCGUAGCAAUCCAGGAUUUUGUCUAAAAUCACCGUUUGAAUUGGUAAAUUUUCUGUGACAACAGAUGCCACCAUGUGCCUUAAUCCGUCUUCGGAUGCCAGCGGUAUGAAAACCAUCACUGGCAGCAGGAAGCAUCGUGGCUGUGUUGGAGCGCUUUCAGAUCGCAUGAAACACUUGUUGGUCAGUGGAGAGUUCAGCGAUUUGCAGUUCGUCGUGGGACGUCGAUUUGGGACAGUGAAAGUGUUCUCUGCGCACAAGAGUAUUCUGUGCAACAGUAGCCACGUGUUCUGCAGCAUGAUCUGCAACAGCGUGGCUGAAUCUUUUCCGCUGGUUAUUCACUUUCCUGACAUUCCUUCCGACGCGUUCGCCAACCUGCUCAAUUAUGUGUACGUGGAUUCGGUGGAAGGCAUCAACGAAGCAAACAUCUUCCCAACGCUGCACUGUGCUGACAAGUUCGCUUUGCCGUUGCUGGUGGAUGCCUGCUGCGAGUGCAUCAUCAGCUGCGUUACUAAAGAAAACUGCCUAACUAUGCUGGAAAAUGUGAAUUGCUGGACCCCAGACUUGGACAACAUUGUGGAGAAGUGUAUGGACGUUGUCGAUGAAUUUGCCGACGCCAUACUGCGUUCGGAGCAGUUCAGCAGCAUUAGUCACGGACUCACGGCAGCCUGUAAAUGAUUCUUCAACGUUCCUCUUUCAGGCUCUUUGGCUGUUGAAGAGAAUGUCGUCUACGUGGCUGUCGAAAAGUGGUCGACGGAGGCUUGUAAGAAGCGGAACUUGGAACUGUCCACCGCCAACCGUCGCGAAAUGUUGGAAGCGGCGCUCUUCCUUGUCCGCUUCCCGUUACUCAACGACAUUGAGCUCGCUGUUGGUCCUGUUCAGAGUGCUUUACUGCUUUCAACGGAGCUGCGUGACCUGUUCCUUUAUAAGCACGCUCCGGAAAAGCCGGCUCUGCCGUUCCCGACGGAGCCGCGUCGCUUCAUCCAGCACAACCUCGAUCUGGAUGCGUACAAGUAUCGCGAAGCGGUGUUCGCACAAGGUUAUAAAGGGAGCUCAAAAUGGUAUCCGGCCGAGGUGAUUAUGGAACUGGAUUGGCAAAAUAUUAUCAUCCAGUGGUGCGGACAAGGAAAAGGGAAUACGUUCAAAUCGAUGUGGGGGAUUGUGCGUGCGUCCGAUAUUCUCCAGCGUGGCCAGCGGGUGCGCUGCUUGAUGGGAGAGGCGACGUACUGUAUGCGGCGCGGCGGUAAGCACGUGGUGGAGGUCAACGGUCAGGAAGUAGCGGUUGAUUUUGCCGAUCUGAUAGUGCCCAGGAAUGUGUGGCUGCAGUGGAAGACAGCCAAGGACACUGCGGAAAUGCAAUAACGCCACUGCUGACACAAGUGUCAAGCGAUAUGUAUUUAGUUUUGUUAGUAUUUUUUUUGUACGAUUAUUUCGUAAUUGAUAGUGAGAUCCGUCUCGGGAAUAACUCUUAUGUCUAGCAAGACGCGUUAUUCUUUACCGGCUCGGUUGAUCGAGGCGGAAGCCAAAAAGCCGUUUUGUUCCUGAGUACAUGCUUAUUUCAUGUUGGGAAUCGCUAUUUUGUUGUUUCUGGGUCACUGUUCUAUCUCCAUAAGGAUUUCUAUUGAAAAGUAUUGGGUUUCUUUCAUCUCGAGCAUGGCAAAUUUUC